AUGAGAUGCGUCAGGCUCUGCAUUGGCCUAGCAGCCUUCCUCCCUCUCGCUUUCAGCCGGGUCAUUGAUAUAACAUCCGGCAAGGCCCUUGGCUCCUCAGACCUCAAAUCGCCAUUCCAGCAGCGCGAGCUCUCGACCGAGGUUUCCACCGCAGCCGCCGGAUGGAGCGCUCCCAGGGCCGACGAUACCGAAUGGAUCAAAGCCAGGUGCAAGGGUGCGACCUUGAUCGCUAUGAUGACGCGCAACGACGAGGAGGCUGGAGGGUUGCUCGAGGGCAGCCCGGACUCCGCCGCCAGCGCCUUCACAGACUUCCCUCACGAGUUCGAAAAGUGGGGAUACACCCACGAGGACCAGACAGGCGAGUUCGAAUGCGACCUUGACAUGAUCGGAGUUACCAGCGCACUGAAGGGGCUCGGCGUUUCCGAAAAGAAUAGGGAUGAGGGUGGCCAGGUCGUGUGCUGGGGAAUACAGCAUGCGCAAGACAAGAUUAUCGACAACAAGGAAUAUAAGGCAACUGGAGCCAAUUACUUCCUCGGAUUGAACCCCGUCGACAGCGUAAUAAUCGGAAUGAGCCUCUACAGUCCAGCGCACAUGGGGAAGGCCAAGAUACCGCCUGUGACAGUCCUGCCCGACCUUCAGCAAACCUCCGACGUCAUCUGGGGCCAGUGGAUCCUCCAGGCAAAGGAGCGCGCGAACAAUAUCCGCUAUUACAUCGUCAACGCUAUCACGAACUCGGCGACGGGACCGAUCAUACAGAGCGCGCUGGAGUCUGCCGAUGCGGCGCCGCUGAAGAAGUGGCCGGGCCAUAGCUUCGGAAUGGAUACGGAUGAGGGGAAGGCGCUGCUGGGGACUCCGGUUGGCGUCGGGAUCGCGUAUCUUCUCGCGCAGCAUAAGGCUCAGCUGGGGAUCAAGACGGUGAGCAAGGUGGAUGUGUUUGAGCCCGAUGAGGGUGGGAAUCCUUCCCUGGCGUUCCAUAUCGGAUGA